AGACAGUCUAAAGCUAUAAUGUCUAGCACCAAAUUAGAAUUAAAUGCUUUAAACAAGUCAGAUGAUAUAACCUUGUAUCAUGACAAUUUUACUGCUGAAAAGGCUUCACAAAACAAUGGAACUCAAGAUUCAUUAAAGUAUGAGAAUAAUUCAGACAUGUCAUCACAACAAAGUUCAGAUUUGCAUUGUCAGACUCUAGAUAAGGAAGAAACAAAACAAAAUAACAAGGGACAGUUAUUCAAAUUAAUGACAUCAGGAGAAAUUAGUGACAAAUUCAAUGAAAAACAAUUUGAGGAAACAAAAGAAAAAACAGGCUUCUUUUCAAAUGAAACAUCAAAAGAAUCAAAACCUCCAGUAGUUUUAUUUACAGAAAUACAGAAAAAUGAAAAUAAGAAUUCCUUUGGUAAAUCAGACACUGAAUCAAGAAAUGAUUUAACUGAACAUGAUUAUCCAAUACACACAACAGAAAAUAAUGAUCAAAUUAUAAAACAAGCAGAGUCAUUACAUGAAACAUUAUUAUUACCUAAUUUAGAUGGACAGUAUAUUAAACCAGAAAGGAGUCAAAUAGUUGAUGGUCCACAAGUGCAUUUUGCCUCUCCAUUAUUUGUCUAUCAUGAAUACACCAUAAGUGAAUGUUCCAGUAGAACUGAGACCAUGGAUUCUGACAGUAGUAUGGAGAUUCCAGAAUUAGAAAUCAGAUCUGAUGAAUCAUGUACAGAAAACAAAAGAAGGGACAUAAAUAAUGCUCCUAUAACAGUAUUAGAAGAAUCUAUGGAACUUAGUACAAUUACUCAUAAAUCUGAGGAAAUAAGUGACACUUCUAUGAAAGUGUCUGAAGAUGAUGUUCACUCUGCUAUGUGUAGUGAUAAAUUUGAGAAUAAGAGUACAGGUAACACUUCUGUAACAAUAUCUAAACAUACUGUUAUGCCUUUAAUAUAUAGCGAUAAGUUGUCAAAAGGACGUGUACAAGUUGUUCCAAUAUCUUCAUGUGAAAACCAGAUGGUCAAUGACUCUGAAUGUCUCAAUCUCUCCAACGAUUCUUCCCAGGAAGACAAAAUUAUUUCAGAAGUAAGAAAUAUUUUAGAAAAUCUAAUUGUUCAGUGUUGUGACAUAAACGAUGAAUUUUACAAAAAUGAUUUUGAAGUCAAAUGUACAACUGAACCAAACUGUACACUUGCCAUGCUCGAUGUAUCAUUUGAAGAAAAUGGACUCUCACAAUUUUCACAAUACGAGAAAAAAGAAUUGGAGACAUUUUCUGACUUAAAUGGCCAAGAGACUAGACAAGUAAUAGCCAAAGAUUUUACCAAGUUUGAUAUUGAUGAAUUGGAUGAAACUAUACUUUUGAAUUCCAACCAACAGCAAUCAUCAGAUGAUAUUAACUUUGAAAACUCUGUAUUAGAAGAACUAUCAUCUACAGCAAACUGUAAGUUAGUGGUGAUAGAAUUGAAACCUUCUGUCAAUUCAGAAACUGAAAAUAACAUAUCUCAAAUGGGUGAUUUGGCAAACAUUUCAAACAUACCAAACUACAGUGAUAAAGCCAAGAUUUUGAAGGAAGAAAAUGAAGAAAAAGUUAAUAAGAUUUUGUCUCCAAAAUGUCUUCAAUCAAUGUGUAAAAUUGAAGAAUCAGAAAUUGAAAUGAGUUCCUGUGAUAAUCAAGUAACAUCUACAAGUUCACAUUCACAGCAACAUGAUGAGGAGCAAUCUAAUUCACAAUUUCAAGUAUUUGAUAGUGAAAAUGAAAGUACUGAAUCACAAACUGAAAUGAACGAAUCUUGCGUUCAUAUGGAAAAAAUAAAACCAUUAAAUCGAUUAAAUGACAAGACAAACAGCCAAAAAUACAUUUUACAUGAAAAUCUUGAUAUAUCAGAAAGAGAAGCAAGUGUGGAUCAGUGCAUUAUCAAUUUUGAUAAUCCAAGAAAAGGAGAUGGAGAUUUAAAUAACAACAAGAGUGAUGUACAAGAACUGUGUACAGAAGCACAAAAAGAAGGAGAUAAUUGUUAUAGCAUUAGUAUCAAAGAAGUUGAGCAAAGUAAUAAUGUUACAAUGGAAAUUGCUGAUGCAAGUGAAAGUUUGAAGAUAGAUCAUGAACAGACAUGUAAUGGAAAUGAUGAACAUUUGGAUCAAAAACAAAAUAUUCUAAAAGAAUUUCCAGUUGAUUUUACAGACAGAAAGCAAAAAUCAGAUUUAAUUGAUGAUGUCAGAGUGGAUGACACAACAAGCAUUGAAAUAUCGACAAAUGUUUUGAAGAAUUACAUUUUGGAUAAAGACCAAGAAAGUAAUGUACCUAUUACAGAAAUUGAUAUUGAAUUCAAUGAUUUAUCUAAUUCUAAGAACCAACAGCAGGAAUUUAAUCCAUGUUUUGAAAGCUCUGAAUCAAUAGUAAUUAACAAACAAUUAGAUUUGCACUUAAAUGCAGUCAUGGAGGAUGCCAACUUACAAGUGCAAGAAAGCUCUAGUAUCAAUCAAAAUGAUGAGGAGAGUCUUAUUAAAGUAAAGGAAAAUCAUUUAUCUUUAAAUUAUCUCCAAAAUAGCCUGACUAAAGGUAGAUUAGACAGAAAGAGAUCUGUAAAGGAGACAGGAAUUGAAGAUGAAAAACCAUCAGCAAAAGUGUCAGUAUAUCAUUCCAUAUCUGAAGGGCUUGAUCAGUAUAAAUAUGCUGAAGUCAGAUUAGUGGACAAAGAGGGAAUACAGCAUGAGGAUGGGACAUUACCUGAAUCUGUUGAUAUUAAAAUUACUGAAGAAUUACAUUACAAUGAUAAAAUAAAGGAAUGUUGUGCUAAAGAACAAAUGGAUCAGACAGUGCCUGAUGAAAGUGACUGUGGUAUAAAGCUGGCAACAGAAACACUUUAUUCUCAACAUAUGGAUAAAAAGGAGGACACUGACAUAUGUACUCUGGAAAUGAAGGGAGAUGACAUCAGUAUUUUACCAGAGAUGUCAGGGGAUUAUAUUUGCAGAGAAAAAUAUGAUUUUGUUGACAACUCAAUGGUUCAGGCUUUUAAGUGGAAGUAUGUACCUUCUAUAGACCUAGACUCAGUUGUACCUAACUGUGAUGGAGAAAAUGAAGCUAAUCCAUUAUUACCAGCACCUAUAAAGACAUGUAAAAAGCCAUACAGACUGGGUUUAUCAAAAAGACAGAAACUUAGCAGCUUACAUCCUAAACUCAAAAGAGUAUGAAAAAAUGUUCCAUAGAAAUCAAAUUUGUAUCAUGAUUUAAACUUUUUAUAUUCGUUUUUGCUAUACUGUGACUAUAGGUUAGUCUUUUUUUUUUUUUUACUUUAUUAAUUAUUUCAAAAGAUAAAAA